AUGCUAGAAGUGCACGAAAAGCGCAGUAUCUCGAGCACCCAGCUCUUCGAUAUGAAUCCAAUCCCCAAGGAUUCAAUGCUACAGCUGCGGAUUGGUCUAACACAGAGUAAUUUGGACCGUGGAUACGACUACCUGAUAGAUGUGGCUGACCCGUCCUCGAAGAACUACAGCAAGCAUUGGACUGUUGACCAAGUGGUUGCCAGGUUUGCCCCUAAUCGGGAAUCAGUGGAUCUUACCAUGGAGUGGCUCACAGAAACAGGGAUCACGGACGUUCGUCAAAGCUCUAACAAAGGAUGGAUCCUCUUGAAUGCACCUGUCUUCCAAAUUGAGAAUUUAUUGAAUACCAAAUUCCACGAGUAUAGCUCUGCGGACGGCGUUGUGAGGAUCGGUUGCGAAGAAUAUUCCCUACCGCAGCACCUCCGCCAACACGUGGAUUACAUCUUUCCCGGCGUCAAGUUGUCUCCGCCAAUCAAACGGUCCGGGACGCGGAAGCGGGCCUGUUUCGGCAGGAAGUCUCCUUCGAACGUGGCUAUCGUAUUGAAUACAUCUUCCAGCACUGAACAUUGCGGAACAUCCAUUACUCCGCCAUGUUGGAGGGCACUGUACGAUAUACCAGAGCAGGGCAAUGUCAGCAUUCCGGACUAUACCAUGGGUGUAUUUGAAUAUGGGGAUACUUAUGCACAGGAAGACCUAGACGAAUACUUUGCCGCCUACGCUCCGUAUGUGCCAACUGGGACUCACCCGAAGCUUGUUUCUGUGGAUGGAGCUCAAGCCCCUGUGCCAACCAGUAGUGACGAAAACGACGGUGAAUCUGAUCUCGAUUUCUCAGUUGUUUACUCUCUGCUCGGCGCCAUCAAUGUGACGCUAUUCCAAACUGCAGAUACGAAUGCAACACUGCUAGACUCGUUGCUUGAUGCGAUUGAGGGACCGUAUUGUGCUGAACAAGAACUGGAAGCAGGAUUUCAUUGCGGCGUUGCUAGUCUGCCUUCUGUCCUUUCAAUAUCUUAUGACACUCCUGAGUUGUUUGAUGAAACAUUUCUUUCACAAAAGAGGGCUUGCAACGAGUUUAUGAAGCUCGGGCUGCAAGGCCAUACCAUCAUUGUGUCGAGCGGCGACUAUGGAGUUGCGAGCAACCCCUCGUUUGGAUCAUCUGGUCCUUGCCCGAAUGGAUGCAUUCCCCAGGGGCUUAAUAAUACUGGAGAGCACUCCUUUCACGGAACCAUAUUCUCUCCUUCAUUUCCAACGAACUGUCCCUACGUGCUAUCUGUGGGUGGCACGCAGUUGUCACCCGGACAGACAGUGAAAGAUCCGGAGACCGUAAUGAACACUGACCGUUUCAUCAUUGACAAUUGUUCUUCACCGUUCUUCUUUGCCAGUGGAGGCGGUUUCGCCAAUUACUUCCCGCGCCCUCCAUACCAGAAUGCCGCAGUUUCCACUUAUCUAACUAAAUAUGCCCCAAGCCACCCAUACUAUUAUUCGAAUUAUAUCGACGUGCAAGAUCGGACCACUACCAUCGGACACAAUGGUGGCGUGUACAAUCGCGGCGGCCGUGGUAUCCCCGAUGUAUCAGCCAACGGAGCCCACAUGCUCGGAUACUUUGGUGAACUCAAUGAAGCCGAUGGAACCAGUAUCUCCGCACCAAUCUGGGCUUCCAUUGUGGCCCUAAUCAAUGCUGAACGCACUGCGCAUGGUAAGAGUAAUGUAGGGUUUAUCCAGCCGACAUUGUAUCAAAAUCCACAAAUGUUUCAUGAUAUUACUACAGGCGGGAACCCGGGGUGCAAUUCUACGGGAUUUCCGGCAAGCGUGGGCUGGGAUCCUUCCACUGGACUGGGAACUCCCAACUACCCUGCAAUGUUAGAACUAUUCCUUGGUCUGCCUUAGUGUUCUCAACAAAUCAUCGAGCCCAUGUUCGUGACGGCAAUACACAAGUCGGUUCCCUGUUAAUGCCAAUGCUGUGCUUAGAUAGAUAUGGUGAGUUAAGACAUCUGGCAUACGGUCACGAUAUUUUAUUUGAUAGCAGAUGUCUACCAGGGAAGGAAAUGGAAAUGGG